AUGGCUUCAAAUCCUUAUAUUUUUGUUGUGACUGUCUUUCUUAUAAAGCAAUUCAAUUUUGCAUGUUUAUUUGCCAGAUAUUCACUUGCUUAUAAUGGAAAGAGAGCUGCUGCCGACCAUGUUUUGCGGGAUCUACAAAAUAAUCCAGAUAUGUGGCUUCAAGUGGUUCACAUUUUAUCCAAUACACAGAACUUAAAUACCAAAUUUUUUGCUCUACAGGUUCUAGAAGGUGUUAUUAAGUACAGAUGGAAUGCUUUACCUGUUGAACAACGAGAUGGCAUGAAGAACUAUAUAUCUGAAGUUAUUGUUAAGCUUUCAAGUGAUGAGAUCUCCUUUCGGCGAGAGAGGCUGUAUGUGAAUAAAUUGAACAUUAUACUGGUUCAGAUUUUGAAGCACGAGUGGCCUGCCCGGUGGCGAAGUUUCAUUCCAGAUUUGGUUGCAGCAGCAAAAUCAAGUGAAACCAUUUGCGAAAAUUGCAUGGCAAUACUAAAACUCUUAAGUGAGGAGGUCUUCGACUUCUCAAGGGGUGAGAUGACCCAACAGAAAAUCAAAGAGUUAAAGCAAUCAUUGAAUAGUGAGUUCCAGCUUAUUCAUGAGCUAUGUUUAUAUGUAUUGUCAGCAUCUCAAAGAGCCGAGCUUAUCAGGGCUACCCUUGCCACAUUACAUGCUUUCCUUUCCUGGAUUCCUCUAGGCUAUAUAUUUGAAUCACCGCUGCUUGAAACGCUGUUGAAGUUUUUCCAUGUACCGGCUUAUCGCAAUCUGACUCUUCAAUGUCUGACAGAGGUUGCCGCUCUUAGUUUUGGGGACUUCUAUAACGUGCAGUAUGUCAAAAUGUAUACUAUAUUUAUCAUGCAAUUGCAGACGAUCCUGCCACCUACAACCAACCUUGUAGAGGCUUAUGUAAAUGGGACUAGCGAGGAGCAGGCAUUUAUUCAAAAUUUGGCGUUGUUUUUUGCAUCAUUUUUCAAGUCUCACAUACGAGUAUUAGAAUCUUCACAAGAAAACAUAAAUGCACUGCUAAUAGGACUGGAAUAUCUCAUCAACAUUUCUUAUGUGGAUGAUACUGAAGUUUUCAAGGUUUGCUUGGACUAUUGGAACUCCUUAGUCUUGGAGCUGUUCCAAGCUCACCAUAAUCUGGACAACCCUGCAGCAAAUGCGAACAUGAUGGGAUUGCAGGUGCCGUUGCUGGUGGGUAUGGUUGAUGGCCUAGGUUCACAACUCAUGCAGAGGCGUCAACUUUAUGCUGGUCCGAUGUCAAAGUUGAGAUUACUGAUGAUCUGCCGGAUGGCAAAACCUGAAGAAGUUCUUAUCGUCGAAGAUGAAAAUGGAAAUAUAGUUCGUGAAACAAUGAAGGACAAUGAUGUGCUUGUGCAAUAUAAGAUUAUGAGGGAAACACUGAUCUACUUGGCACAUCUAGAUCACGAAGACACUGAAAAACAGAUGUUGAGGAAAUUGAGUAAACAACUAAAUGGAGAAGAUUGGACCUGGAAUAACCUCAAUACUUUGUGUUGGGCCAUUGGAUCUAUUUCUGGGUCGAUGGUGGAGGAGCAGGAAAACAGAUUCUUGGUGAUGGUCAUUCGGGACUUGUUGAACCUUUGUGAAAUCACCAAAGGAAAGGAUAACAAAGCUGUCAUUGCCAGUAAUAUAAUGUAUGUGGUUGGCCAAUACCCAAGAUUUCUGAGAGCUCAUUGGAAGUUUUUGAAAACUGUUGUGAACAAAUUGUUUGAGUUCAUGCAUGAAACUCAUCCAGGAGUUCAGGAUAUGGCUUGUGAUACAUUCUUGAAAAUAGUUCAGAAGUGCAAGCGCAAAUUUGUCAUAAUGCAGGUUGGAGAAAAUGAGCCGUUUGUAUCAGAACUUUUGACAACUCUUCCGUCAACUAUAGCAGAUCUUGAGCCUCAUCAAAUCCACUCCUUUUAUGAAUCUGUGGGCAAUAUGAUUCAUGCUGAAUCUGAUCCUCAUAGGAGAGAUGAAUAUCUCCAGAGAUUAAUGGAGCUGCCAAAUCAGAAAUGGACUGAAAUUAUUGGGCAGGCACGUCAAAGUGUGGAUUUCUUAAAAGAUCAGGAUGUGAUAAGGGCAGUGCUUAAUAUAUUGCAGACAAAUACUAGUGUGGCCAGCUCUCUUGGGACAUAUUUCUUGCCGCAGAUCACUCUUAUCUUUUUGGAUAUGCUCAAUGUUUACAGAAUGUAUAGUGAACUUAUAUCUACCAGUAUUGCCCAAGGAGGACCCUAUGCUUCCAGAUCAUCUCUCGUGAAACUUUUGCGCUCAGUCAAGAGGGAAACACUGAAGCUUAUCGAGACAUUUUUAGACAAAGCUGAAGAUCAACCUCAUAUAGGAAAGCAAUUUGUGCCUCCAAUGAUGGACCCUGUUCUGGGGGACUAUGCACGAAAUCUACCUGAUGCAAGAGAGUCCGAAGUUCUCUCACUUUUUGCCACAAUAAUAAAUAAGACACUAGAAGAGGAUUAUGCUGUUGCAGUGUUUUAUAUCCAUAGUGCUUCUAGUAUACCUUGGUAUAAGCGGGCAAUGAUUGAAGAUGUACCUCGAAUCUUUGAAGCUGUUUUUCAGUGCACUCUGGAGAUGAUAACUAAGAAUUUUGAGGACUAUCCCGAGCAUCGACUCAAGUUCUUUUCACUACUUCGAGCCAUUGCAACCCAUUGUUUUCCAGCUCUGAUCCUCUUGUCCAGUGAGCAACUGAAACUUGUCAUGGACUCGAUCAUUUGGGCCUUCCGCCACACUGAACGAAACAUUGCAGAAACUGGGCUCAAUCUUUUAUUAGAGAUGAUGAAAAAUUUUCAGGCGUCCGAGUUUUGCAAUCAGUUUUACAGGACAUAUUUUUUAACAAUAGAGCAAGAAAUCUUUGCUGUUUUGACAGACACCUUCCAUAAGCCUGGGUUCAAGUUACAUGUCCUCGUACUUCAGCAUUUGUUCAUCCUGGUGGAAACUAAUGUGUUGACCGAGCCCCUGUGGGAUGUUGCCACUGUAACAUAUCAAUAUCCAAAUAAUGCCAUGUUUGUCCGUGAGUAUACUAUCAAACUCUUGAGUACAUCCUUCCCCAACAUGACAGCAGCUGAGGUGACACAAUUUGUGUCUGGUCUUUUUGAGUCGAGGACUGAUCUUCCGUCAUUCAAAAACCAUAUCAGAGACUUUCUAGUGCAGUCCAAAGAAUUUUCAGCUCAGGACAACAAGGAUCUUUAUGCCGAGGAGGCUGCUGUUCAAAGAGAAAAGGAGCGGCAAAGGAUGUUGACAAUCCCUGGACUAAUUGCUCCCAACGAGAUACAAGACGAGAUGGUCGACUCAUAAAUUGUUAGGAAAUUUUGCUGCCAUGGCCGAUUUUGUCGAAUUAUUUUUUACCUGGAGUAUGCAGUGGUACAUUUUAUGGGGUUUCCAUCUGUGUAGUUUUUUUUUUUUUCCAAUCUAUUUUUAGGAUAAUUUUUAUCUGUGUGAAACGGUGGAGCAAAUUUGAGGCAGUCAGGUCUUCGCUACCCAUUGGAUUAUUUUGAUGGUGGUAGAAUAUUUUAGAUUCUAAUGUAGGAAAUGGAUAUAGUUUCGUUAAUGGACUACUGGGAUCUGUUUGUGACAAUUGUAGUGUGUCUUCGGCAGUCGCCUCUAUGUGGGCGACUCAGAAUACUAUCUCCAUGUAUACACACAUUUAGUGGGUUGUGAAAAGAUUUCUCAAUUUACCAAUUGGUAUGUUAAUUGCGGCUUCACACGUCAUCGUCUCUCUAGAUACAAUGCUCCUCCUUCUGAAUAGUCUUCUGGUGGCUAUUGGAUAUAAUUUUUUUCUUUU